AUGAAGAAGAGCAAGGCUCUGGCUUUGGUGGCCACUCUGUCUCUUCUUCUCUUGGCCUUGGCUCAUCCUUCACUCUCAUCAUCUCCGCCGCACAACGAAACGUGGGCGCUCACGCAAUUCCGCCUCCAGACCGAUACUCACGGCUACCUACGAUCCAACUGGACCGGGGCCGACCCAUGCACCUCAUCCUGGACCGGAGUCAGAUGCUCCAUCUCCAAAUCCCGCGUCGUCGCUCUCUCCCUCCCUUCCCUCAACCUGCGGGGCCCGCUCGACUUCCUCGCCCUCCUCGACCAGCUCCGCUUCCUCGACCUCCACAACAACCGCUUGAACGGCACCGUUUCGCCCCUCACCAACUGCACCAACCUCAAGCUACUCUACCUUGCCGGCAACGACCUCUCCGGCGAAAUUCCACCUGAGAUCACCUCCCUCCGGCGACUCCUUCGGCUCGACCUCUCCGACAACAACCUCCGCGGCCCAAUCCCCGGAAACCUCACAGCCCUUACCCGGCUCCUCACGCUCCGGCUCCAGAACAAUGUCCUCUCCGGCGAAGUCCCCGACUUCUCCGGCUCCCUCGCCGACCUCAAAGAACUCAACUUCACCAACAACGAACUGUACGGACGGCUUCCGGAGGGUCUGCUGAGAAAGUUCGGGGACGAAAGCUUUUCCGGCAACGAAGGACUCUGCGGGGCGAGCCCCUUGCCGGCGUGUUCGUUUACCGGAGCUACUAGUCCGCCGUCGGCGGCUUCAGCUCAAACGGUGCCGUCUAAUCCGAGCCAAUUGCCUCAGACGACGAGCGUAAACGUACCGGAGAAGAAGAAAUCGAGAAAGGGGCUAAGCCCCGGCGCUAUAGUCGCCAUUGUAAUCGCCAAUUGCGUGGCUAUGCUGGUGGUUGUGUCGUUCAUCUUGGCCCAUUACUGCGCGAGAGAUCGAGGUUCGAAUUCGAUCGGCGGAAGUGAGAGUGGGAAGAGAAGGAGCGGUAGCAGCUAUGGCGGCGAUCAGAAGAAGGUGUAUGCCAACAGUGGGGGUGCGGAUAGUGAUGGGACGAACGCCACGGACCGGAGCAAGCUCGUGUUUUUCGACCGGAGGAAGCAGUUUGAGCUGGAAGAUUUGCUCCGGGCGUCGGCAGAGAUGUUGGGGAAAGGAAGCUUGGGGACGGUGUACAAGGCUGUGCUCGACGACGGGUGCACCAUGGCUGUGAAGCGGCUCAAGGACGCGAACCCGUGCGCGAGGAAGGAGUUUGAGCAGUACAUGGAUUUGAUAGGGAAGGUGAAGCACCCAAAUGUGGUGAGGCUCAGUGCUUACUAUUAUGCCAAGGAGGAGAAGCUUCUUGUCUAUGAUUAUCUCCCUAACGGAAGCUUGCACUCACUCCUUCAUGGCAAUCGUGGUCCGGGUAGAAUUCCUUUGGAUUGGACCACAAGGAUCAGCUUGAUGCUGGGUGCUGCUCGUGGGCUUGCUCGGAUUCAUGAAGAGUAUAGCUCUGCAAAAGUGCCACAUGGGAAUGUGAAAUCUUCCAAUGUGCUUCUUGACAAGAACGGUGUGGCUUGCAUUUCUGACUUUGGACUCUCUCUGCUUCUGAACCCGGUUCAUGCCAUUGCAAGGUUGGGUGGAUACAGAGCUCCUGAACAGGCAGAGGUCAAGAGGCUGUCGCAGAAGGCGGACGUGUACAGCUUCGGGGUGUUAUUGUUGGAGGUUCUUACAGGGAGAGCCCCGUCCCAGUACCCAUCUCCUGCUCGCCCUCGUGUUGAGGAGGAGGAGGAGGCGGUGGACCUUCCGAAAUGGGUGAGGUCUGUGGUGAAGGAGGAGUGGACUGGGGAGGUGUUUGAUCAAGAACUUUUGAGGUACAAGAACAUUGAGGAGGAGCUUGUGGCAAUGCUCCAUGUGGGAUUGGCUUGUGUGGUGCCUCAGCCUGAAAAGAGGCCUACAAUGGCUGAAGUGGCAAAGAUGAUUGAGGACAUCAGAGUGGAGAGAUCUCCUCUUGGGGAAGACUAUGAUGAAUCCCGCAAUUCGCUUUCGCCUUCCCUUGCCACCACUGAAGACGGGCUGGCCUGA